GUUAACAACAAACGCUUAACGAACACCAACGACGAAUAAUAAAUAAAUUUAGUUUAAUUUUUAUAACAAAAAAAAAAUAAUUUUUCUUUUUUUUUUAAUAUCAAAGCGAUCUAACGAACGAGCGAUAUUGUUUUUGUUUUUGAUUCAAUUCACCUGCUACGCGACUACAACAAUUUUCCAGUGUUUUAGUGAACGAUCAAUCAAAAAGCAGCGAAACCAAACAUAAAUGAUAUUUAAACGAUUGAAAUUAAUAACGACCGAACAUUAACCACAAGAGCCCCAUUAGCGUUAGAAGCUAAUAACAAUCGCUAUCUCGUGACUAAGUGUGAAUAAUUGAGACAUUUUUAUUAAUAUUUAAUAACAAGCAAUUGAUUAAUAAUACUUGAAUAAGUAACAAAAUUGGAUUUAUUGCACAUUAAUUAAUUUAAGGAAAAGUGGCUUGCAUGGCAGGAAAAGACUAUCUUAAUAACACGGCUACAUUGACUAACUUCAUUGUAGGCAAAAAAGUCAACAACGCCAACAACAAAAAAACUUGUUCCCCAAACAACAACAAACACUUGACUGAACAACCGAGAAGCCAUAGUGAAGGAGAUAAUUACAAGAACGUUAAGCUGCCACACCCCUUUACACUUUGUCUAGUUGUAAUAAUGGCUUCCAUAGUGCUAAUGCCCAACACCAUUGAAGCAGCCGCCAUGAGAAAACAAACGAGCGCAUCUGAUGUUGGCUCUACAGUCUCCUCAGCGCACAGUGCAUCGGCCAAAGUAGAAAAAUUAUUAUUAUUAUCGUCGGCCAUAGAGAAACUAGCUAUGGACUAUAUGGAGGAAGAGAACAUUUCAUUAGAAGCCAAACUGGAGGAAUUAACUCUUGCCAAUGAAUCAUCACCUUCAUCAUCAUCAUCAUCGUCUUCCCUGAUGGACAACUCUGAAGCUUAUGAUGAAUUGUCACCCUUGGAAGUGGAGAAACAUAGACUGCGUAAGGUGGAACAUCAAUUAGAACAUAAAAAGAAUUUGCGCAAGCGCCAUGUGCAUUUAAACAAUUUGCCAUAUUUUGAUGGAACUUCCAAAACAAUUGUAUGGCAUAAUCCUUGCAAUGCAGCAAUGCAAAGUCAGCCAAAUGUGAAUAUGCCACGCCGUGUUUAUUAUCAUUUGAAAAAAUUCAGAGAUAUUAUCCGCAACGAAUACAAUACCCUCACUGCCAGCGUGCAGCACAUCAAAACAGAUGAUAUUUCAUCGUGGCGUUUGCAUAGUGAUUAUUAUACAUUCUUGCCAAAAGUGAAACAAAACUCUAGCAUCACUCUUAGCCGUUGGUAUAGUAAAAUGCAAAUCUAUGUGGCUUCCUUUGCCUAUCUGGGACGUGCACAAUACGAAUGGGAUAUGGCCAAGCUGCAAUAUGUCAGUGAUACAACCAAAGAACUAGAUCAGAUACUAACCAGUGCCCGUUUAAUUCUCUGUGAGCUGGAAUUCACCAUCAAUGGUGCACAUCCCAAAAAAAGUGCAAAACUGCUUAAACCACUUAGCAGUCAAAACAUGGCGGAUCGUCUGAAAUUCAAAACCAAGGAGCAGCAGAAAAAUAGCCACAACCUUCCAGUGGAACCCUCCUCAAUAGAUAUGAAAUUUACCAAAAAUGGCUACAUGAAAUUUUUGGCCGGUAUGCGUAAAAUUCUGAGAGGCUAUUUGAAGAGCAAAGCCUCUCCUGGCUCUAGGGAGAAACAAACACAUGAAUCCGAUGAUUUCAAGGAUCUAUCGGAGGGUCCCAAAUAUAAUGGUGCCCAUGAUAUCAGCAGUGAUUACAACAAGAGUUUAGAGGAAAGCUGGCAAAGUUAUGUAAAUUCCCAACAACAGCCCUAAGCAACGCCAUCACUAUCAUCAUCCGAUGAAUGCAAGUUCCAAAUUUCGCCCAAUGCACAAACUUGCAAAUAAUAUCGGAAGCUAAGCCAAAUGUUGUUGACAUGUCGCUGAAUUAGUUCCUAAAAGUAUUAUCUACUAUUUCCUUAGACGAAUAUCUAAGUUGUAAUAUGUACUUAAUUAGACUAAGUCUGCAUCUGUACAUAAUCCAUUUGCCAUUUGUGAAACUAUUUAUUGUAUUAUAUGUACAAGUAAUUAUUUAUUACAUUCCAUGACUAGUAUUUUAUUUAUUUAUUUAUUUAUUAACCAAUCUUGCCCCCCCUCCCUAAUUUAUUUCCUAUCUUAGACAUCCAACUCCUUCUUGCCAUAUGUAUCAACCUAAUAUUGCACUCAAUCUAAGUACAUUAGUAUUAAUGGCUAGUAUUAGUUCAAUGUGUCAUGUACACAUACAAAUUUAACUGUGAUCUUUUUUUAAAAAAUGUAUUAAACAUAAACUUUUUUAUUAUAAUAACU